AGAGUGGAAAAUAAACAAAACAUAAUGCAUUUAUAUCUGAUAGAUAUAUUUCGUAAGCGAGUGUGUGAAGCACGCUAAUGAAGUUGUUUCCAGACUAAAAUCGUAAUAUCUCUAACCAAAUGUUGAAAAGACAACUGCAUCAGAUUGAAAACGAUCUUCGGUCGAGUAACACGUUUUAGCGGUUAAAAUAAAAUUUGAAAAUAUAUUUCUUUUUUUUUUCUACUUUAAAGAAACAACAACAAAAAGUUUUUUAUAUACAAAAAGAAACAAAUAUAUAGAAUAGCUUAAAGAAUUUAAACACAACAAGGAAUAUUAUACAAAAGUUUAAAUAAAGUGGCUAAAGAAAUAUGUAAUUUAUUAAAAAAAAUAUAUAUAAAAAGUUUACAAAACAAUUUGUGGCAAAACAAAAUAAGUGAAGAAUUUUUGGAAAAUUUAAGAAUUAUAAAGAAGCCAAACGCCAAUAAUGUAAUGGAAUACUCUUAAAUUAAGAAGAAAAAAAUAAAUGAAUACAAAAUAAAUACUUCAAAACAAAAUUACUAAGAAGAGAAGAGCAAAUAAUAAAUAACACGAGAAAUUUGUUUUACUACUAGUAUAUACAAAAAUACAAAAAUAAGUAACAAGAAGAAAAAAAAAUAAAACAAAAAUAAAAACGAAAACGUGACAAAAACAACAGAAAAUAAAAGGAUAAAUAAUAAUAUCGAAAAAGAAUAACAAGGAAUAAAGUGUUUUAUAAAGCCUAUAAAUGGAAAUAAAAUUAACACAAAAUUGAGUAGAAAUAAAAUAAAUUCAUUUUAUUACAUUUAACAAAACAACAACAACAAAUGUUUAUGUAUGCUUUACACAAACUUGGCAGCACUGUUCUAUUAAAGUGGCUAAUGUGGCGUUUUUAAGAAACUAUUUAAAGCAAAUUUUCCAAUUUGCUGAAUUUGUUAAAACACAUUAAUUUAAACAAACAACAAAAAAUCAUGGUUGUACCCACAAUGGAUAGUUUACCCCGAGUACCCGAUACACAUGGAGAUGUGGUCGAUGAAAAAUUAUUUUCCGAUUUAUAUAUACGCACCUCAUGGGUGGACGCCCAUGUAGCACUCGAUCAAAUCGAUAAGGGCAAAGCCCGUGGCAAUCGCACCGCUAUAUAUCUGCGCUCAGUAUUUCAAUCCCACCUCGAAUGCUUAGGUAGUACAGUACAAAAACAUGCCGGCAAAGUUUUAUUUAUAGCCAUUCUAGUAUUAAGUACAUUUUGUGUUGGCCUCAAAUCCGCCCAAAUCCACUCCAAAGUCCAUCAGCUGUGGAUACAAGAAGGCGGUCGCCUCGAAUCGGAGCUGGCGUAUACACAAAAAACCAUAGGAGAGGCUGAAAGUUCAACGCAUCAGUUGCUAAUACAAACGGCCCACGAUCCAAAUGCCUCAGUAUUACACCCGCAAGCUUUACUCUCACACUUGGAGGUGUUGAAAAAGGCGAGUGCGGUUAAGAUUCACAUGUUCGACACCGACUGGAGUCUUAGAGAUAUGUGUAAUUCCCCUACAACGCCCAGUUUUGAGGGUCCUUACUUUAUAGAGCAAAUAUUUAAACAUUUAAUACCCUGUUCGAUAAUUACGCCGUUGGAUUGUUUUUGGGAGGGUAGCCAGCUAUUGGGUCCGGAAUUUCCAGUGCAAAUACCUGGCAUGGAUAAACGCAUCACCUGGAGUACACUAAAUCCCUCUAGUCUUAUGCAAACCAUGAAAAAACAAAUGAGCGAUCAAAAAAUCUCUUUUGACUUUGAUACUGUGGAGCAGUAUAUGAAAAGAGCCGCCAUAACAUCGGGCUACACCGAGAAGCCCUGUUUAAAUCCCAAAGAUCCUCAAUGUCCCGAAACGGCGCCCAAUAAGAACAGUGAACAGCCCUUAGAUGUGGGUGCCAUAUUAACCGGUGGCUGUUAUGGUUUUGCAGCCAAAUAUAUGCAUUGGCCCGAGGAGCUUAUAGUGGGUGGUGUACAACGUAAUCGCACUAGCCAUUUGCGCAAAGCCAAAGGUUUACAAACCGUUGUCCAGCUGAUGACCGAAAAGGAAAUGUAUGAUUUGUGGACGGAAAACUAUAAGGUACAUCAUAUUGGCUGGAGUCCCGAGAAGGCAGCCGAAGUGUUGAAUGCUUGGCAAAGAAAUUUCUCCAAGGAAGUAGAGAAUAUCAUGAAAAAUUCUCGCAUAGCCAAGAACUAUGAUGUGUAUGUGUUCUCCUCGGCCACUUUGGAUGAUAUUUUGGAGAAAUUCUCCAAUCCCAAGCCCUUGAGUAUAGUGAUUGGUGUUAUAGCCACGGUGGUAUAUGCCUUUUGUACUUUGAUUAGAUGGCGUGAUCCGGUCAAGGGCCAGUCGAGUGUUGGUGUGGCCGGUGUAUUGUUAAUUGGUUUUUCCACGGCCGCUGGCCUGGGUUUGUGUGCCAUUUUGGGCAUUGUUUUCAAUGCGGCCAGUACCCAAGUUGUUCCCUUUUUGGCUUUAGGUUUGGGUGUAGAUCACAUCUUUAUGCUGACGGCCGCCUAUGCGGAAAGCAAUCGCAAGGAGCAGACGAAAUUUAUAUUGAAAAAAGUUGGUCCCAGCAUUUUGUUUAGUGCCUGCACUACAACGGGUGCAUUUUUUGCCGCUGUCUUUAUACCAGUGCCAGCCUUAAAGGUGUUUUGUCUACAAGCCGCCAUCGUAAUGUGUUUUAAUUUGGCUGCAGCUCUUCUAGUGUUUCCCGCCAUGAUUUCUUUGGAUUUGAGAAGAAGAACAGCGGGCAGAGCUGAUAUAUUUUGUUGUUGCUUUCCCAUAUGGAAAGAAAAACCGGUUAACCAGCUGCCUCAAAUGAACAAUAAUGCCCAGAGAAAUAGCAAUCGUUCCAGAAGCUCCUCCUCAGUAUUACCUAAAACCUGUAAUAAUUCCAGAACAUCAGCAAAUGUAAAUCCAGUACUGCCCCAAGAAGAAGCUUUAUUAUCCUGUAAUAGUGAAAAACGUUUGCCCGCCUUUACCUUCUCCAAAUUUGCUGUCAAAUAUUACACACCCUUCUUGAUGAAGAGCUGGGUUAAGUUCCUAGUGGUCAUGUCAUUUGUGGGCACUGUUAUAUUCAGCUUGUAUUGUUCCACAAAACUACAAGAUGGUUUGGAUUUGAUUGAUUUGGUGCCCAAAGAAACCAACGAAUACAAGUUUCUAAAUGCCCAAACAUCCAUGUUUGGCUUCUACAGCAUGUAUGCCGUGACUCAGGGUAAUUUUGAGUAUCCCAACAAUCAACGUUUGCUGCACGAAUACCAUGAGGCUUUUGUGCGCGUGCCGCAUGUGAUUAAAAAUGACAAUGGUGGCUUGCCGGACUUUUGGUUGUCUUUGUUCCGUGAUUGGCUAAGGAAUCUGCAAAGAAUAUUCGAUCGUGAGUACAAAGAUGGUCGCAUAAAUCAAGAGGGUUGGCAUGCGAAUGCCUCUAGUGAUGCUAUAUUGGCGUAUAAGCUGCUGGUGCAAACCGGUUAUGUGGACAAUCCAAUUGAUAAGAAGCUGACAACACAACAUCGUUUGGUGGACAAUGAGGGCAUUAUCAAUCCGAAAGCUUUCUACAAUUAUCUAUCGGCCUGGGCCACAAAUGAUGUGUUUGCUUAUGGAGCUUCUCAGGGUAAAUUACAUCCCGAACCUAGACAGUAUUAUCAUGUACCCACCGAAUACGAUUUGAAAAUACCCAAAUCGUUGCCUUUGGUUUAUGCUCAGCUGCCUUUCUAUCUGCAUGGCUUGACAGACACCUCGGAAAUUAAGUCAUUAAUAAGCCAUAUUAGAGAUUUAAGUGUGCGUUUUGAAAACAGAGGUCUACCCAACUAUCCUUCAGGCAUUCCUUUUAUAUUUUGGGAACAAUAUAUGACUCUGAGAUCUUCUUUGUCUUUGAUUUUAUGCUGUUGUAUGGUGGCCGCUUUCAUUUUGGUUUCCAUUUUACUGCUGUCUGUUUGGGCAGCAGUUUUGGUGGUAUUCAGUGUUUUGGCUUCGUUGUCGCAAGUUUUUGGCGCCAUGACUUUGUUGGGCAUUAAAUUGUCGGCAUUGCCCGCUGUAAUUCUUAUACUCAGUGUGGGCAUGAUUGUGUGUUUUACGGUGCAUAUUUCACUGGGUUUCAUGACAUCUGUGGGUAAUCGAGAACGCCGAGUUUUGCUGUCCAUGCAGGUUUCUUUGGGCCCCUUAACUCAUGGCAUUUUAACCUCUACCUUGGCAGUUUUUAUGUUGUCUACCUCACCCUUUGAAUUUGUCAUUAGGCAUUUCUUUUGGCUGCUGUUGGUAGUGCUGUGUGUGGGAGCCUUUAACAGUCUAGUGGUAUUUCCCAUUAUACUGAGUAUUAUGGGACCCGAGGCCGAGCUAGUGCCUCUCGAACAUCCAGAUCGCAUAUCAACUCCCUCACCACAAAUGUCACGCAGCAAUAAACGUGCAAAUAAAACCGUUAUCGUGCAUGGCUCAUCACGUUCAUCGUCACGUAAUUGCCAGAAACCACACUAUCAUCAUAAGGAUGUAAAUAUCAAUGAUCCCUCGUUGACAACAAUAACUGAAGAGCCACCAUCCUGGAAAUCUUCCAACUCUUCGAUACAAAUGAAUAAUGAAUGGAAAAAUGGUGUGAAUAAUGGAGUAGGAGGCGGACAUUAUGGCAAUAAUAUUAAUUAUGCCAAUAACAUGAAUUAUCAUGUUCAUCCACCACCUAAUAUGCAGCAGCAGCAACAACCACCACCACCGCCACCAACAUCCGCACAAAUACAUCAUCCCCAUCACCAUCAUCAUCAUCCUCACUACAAUCCCAUGUAUGCCACACAUCCCCCACCACCACCACAAUACCAUCAAUAUCACAUGAAUGCGGGACCCUCCUCGCAGGGCAACUUAAAUAACCAACCACCACCCCAUCAUCCAACGAAUUUAAAUCGUGACAAUAGCAAUGACAACAAGAACAUGAAUAACUUUCCACCCGAACUGCAAAGUAUUGUUGUACAACCGGAAGUUACGGUCGAAACGCAUCAUUCAGACACCAAUACCACUAAAGUAACGGCCACAGCCAAUAUUAAGGUGGAAUUGGUAACGCCGGGCCGGGCGAUGAGAAGUUAUAAUUUCACUUCAUAGCAAUGAGGCUCGACGGAGGUGAAAUGCUUGCCGUUAACAAUGAACGUGCUAGCAAAAAGAGAGAGUAACGAGAUUAGAUAAUUUUAAAUUAUUUAUUACACAAAUACAAACAAAAAAAACACAUUGCAUAUUUAUCCUUAAGAUUUGAAUUCAAUGUACAUAUUAUAGGAUAUUAAAAAAAAACGAAGAGGAAAACAAAAAAAAAUAUAUAGUUAAUAUAGACCUGAAUUUUAAGCCAAAAUAGUAACCAAGUAACACAAAACUAACUAACAAAAUACAUACAUACUUAAUUUUAUUAUCAUUUGUCACAAAUUUCAUAACACAAAUACAAAUAACAUUUUGAAAAGAAAAA